AUGCACAGGUGGGACCCUCAAACCACACUGUCAGCGGGCUUACCAACCACUCAUACCAAGGGUGCCACGGCGAACUGGCGCUGGAGAGUGAGGAUGCAACGGCAAUAUUUGUACGCCCAAGGUUUGACAAAUGAUGUCAUAGCUGAGGCCCAAGCUCUUCGAGCAGAAGACCUCAAUUCCCGGCUGCCAGAAGGCCGAGGAGAACGAUUACAACCGGGGGAUGAAGUGUGGCUUUUUAUCGACCAGGUGGAUGCUGGAGUGAAGAAAAAGUUAGCGCAUUUGUGGCACGGACCAUUCCGAAUCAUCAAGGAUAUCUCAAACUACGCAAACCAGAUAAGUCGAGUGUCCAGACGAGGGGGAAGAACUACAGGUGUGGCGCCCAUCACAUUUGAUGUUGAAAUGAUCCUCGACGACGGAGAUUAUGACAAUGCUGAGGACGAACCCCCAGACUACCCAGGUCUCCCAGACAACCCACACAACCCAGUGCUCCCGUGGAACCCUGGGAACGUCCAGGAGGCGCCUGUACUGGCGGUUGUAGCUGUGUCAGUAGCCAACACCAGCAACCCUAUAGCCCCCAAAUCGAUCACAGCCAUAAGGGACGACCGGAUGAUAGAAUACCAAACACGGCCUUGGCAGAAGCAAUAUGAAGUGCAAUUCGACGGAAGCGACCAGUGGGUGUGGGUGUCUGAACAUGCUAUGGCAGCAACUCCCUUGCUCUACGAGUUUGAACGAGGCCGAAAGAACUUCGAUUACUGGCUGCGAUGGUUUUGGGAAGAGAGCUUCGGGUGGAGCCAGAACUGCCAAGGGUUGAUGAUGAAGAAGAGCUUGCUACCCCAGAGCUAG